CCGCCCCCAAACCCCUUGCUAUUCGCCAAUCACUCUUCCAGUCCUCGUUGCAACCCCAGCAAGCGCGACCCUGAAGAUUCACGGUAGGCAGAUUAGGGAAUUCGUGAACCUAAACGCUGAUUGCUCGAUACCCCUGUCAGACUGGCGAUCCUGUCACCCGUGAUUGUAAUUAUUGCGGGCAUACAGUACCCAGCCUCUACCGUUUGCACACCGCACUUGCCACGUCCCAUUCCUUCUACUAGUCUUGGCGGGGACGCACUUUACUUGAGUCUAUGUUGUGCCAAUCAUCCUUCGUACAUCCAUUGGGGCCUGCUUCUCUGUUUGAAACGGGCGAAUUGGCCCCUGUCGAGAAGAUCGGGAUUCGAACGAAUUGGAUCUUGACUUUGUACCAGGCUAAUUUGGUGUAAGUUACGCACGCGAAAAUCGACGUUCUGUUCCUGCUGCUUUGGAGAUGAGGAUCGUUCCUCUUCGAACACUGGUGUGUUUCCUGCUCUGCACUGUUGUGAAGUAGGAACCUCCUAUCUCGGUUGCUGUUCCCUACGGCCAAUCCGCUAGCUUAGAGUUACCAGGGGCGGGCAUUCACUGGAGAUUGUAUGGCGAUCGCUGUCGAUCUCCUUGUCGCUGCGGACUCUCAUCUUCAACUUCUUCUAGGAGUUGCAGCAGCUGGGUCUGAUCUGACCGACGUCAGACCUGACGAUUUUGAUAUAAAAACGCAUUGGAUUAACUUUUUCUUCGCCUUGUCAAGACUUGAUGUCUCAUUUGGGUACAAGCAAAAUGUCUUUCCUACGCAAUCUGUUCUUUACGGGCCUGUUCGGCUCAGUCCUUGCUGCGACUCCUGCUCAAUGGCGCUCACAGUCAAUCUAUUUCAUGCUCACUGAUCGGUUUGCAAGAACGGAUGGCUCAACCACGGCUACCUGUAAUACCAACGAUCGGGUAUAUUGCGGUGGUACCUGGCAAGGGAUCAUUGAACAGCUAGACUACAUCCAGGGAAUGGGCUUUACCGCCAUUUGGAUCACUCCUGUUACUGGUCAGCUGACAGGAGAUACUGGGGACGGCACAGCAUAUCAUGGAUACUGGCAACAGGAUAUCUAUUCCUUGAACUCAAACUAUGGAACAGCCAGUGACUUCAAGUCUCUGGCUUCGGCCCUCCAUGAUCGUGGCAUGUACCUCAUGGUAGAUGUUGUGGCUAACCACUUGGGUUACGCUGGCGCUGGCAAUACUGUUGACUAUAGCGUCUUCAACCCCUUCAACGCAAAUGACUAUUUCCACUCAUACUGCGAGGUCACAGACUACAGUAACCAGACAAAUGUGGAGGAUUGUUGGCUUGGCGACACUACUGUUUCCUUGCCCGAUCUCAAUACCGAAUCAGAAACGGUUCAGAAUAUAUGGUAUAGCUGGGUGGGCUCCUUAGUUUCCAACUAUUCGAUUGACGGUCUACGCGUUGACACGGUCAAGCAUGUUCAGAAAGACUUCUGGCCUGGCUAUAACAAAGCUGCUGGCGUCUACUGUAUCGGCGAGGUCUUCGAUGGCGAUGCAGCCUACACGUGCCCUUAUCAGGAGGUUAUGGAUGGAUUGCUAAACUAUCCCAUGUACUACCCCCUACUUCGGGCCUUUCAGUCCACCAGCGGGAGCAUAAGCGACCUUUACAACAUGAUCAACACGGUGAAGUCCGCCUGCUCCGAUUCCACCCUUCUUGGAACUUUUGUGGAGAACCACGAUAAUCCUCGGUUUGCCUCGUAUACCAAUGACAUGUCCCUAGCCAAGAACGCCGCGGCCUUCACCAUCAUGGCAGAUGGCAUCCCGAUCAUCUACGCCGGCCAGGAACAGCACUACAGUGGUGGCAGCGAUCCUGCCAAUCGCGAGGCUGUCUGGCUAUCCGGUUACAGUACUGAGAGCGAAUUGUACAAGCUCAUCGCCAAAGCGAAUGCCAUUCGGUCUCAUGCUAUCACCGAAAGCGAUAGUUAUAUCACGUACAAGAACUACCCUAUCUAUCAAGACAGCAGCACCCUAGCAAUGCGUAAGGGAGCCGAUGGCACACAGACUGUUACCGUUCUCUCGAAUCUUGGGGCAGGUGGGAGCCAGUACACGCUCUCACUGGGGAAUACGGGCUAUGGGGCAGGGACUACUUUGACGGAGAUCAUUACUUGUGCAAGCAUCACCGUUGACAGUAGUGGCAACGUGCCUGUCCCGAUGGCGAGUGGAGAACCAAGGAUUUUGUAUCCCAGUUCGAAUAUUAAGGGGUCUACAAUUUGUGCCUGAGUGGAUACCUUUAUCUUUAGUGUUGUCUGAAUAUUGGAAGUCUUUAUGGACCUAAAAUCCUUCUCCACUUAUUACGCUCAAAUUGUGGAGUAUCUCCUCGGCGAUAACUGAAAGCGGC